ACGAGUAAAUCAGCGAUAAAGGUAUAAUUAUUGUCGUUGUAAUUUAAUUAGUUAGUUUAGACAUUAGUGUCUCGCUGACCGUUACAAUAUGAAGGUUUUCGCAUUGUUUUUAUUGUGCCUCAUUGCUGCCGCUCAGAGCCGUAGCACCGGUUCAAAGGUUGGCAAGAGCACUCUAGCAGAGGCUGGCCAGAACCCGUCGCUGGUGCACCUACGGAUUGCAAUCGGAAGCACCGGACUGCUGCAAACUUGUGCCGGCUCGCUCAUCAACUCCAGAUGGAUUCUCACCACUGCCAGCUGCCUCAACAAUGUCCGCUUCAUCUGGAUCCGCUACGGUGCCUUGGAGGUGAUCAGCCCCGAGCUAGUGACUGAGUCGAGCACUGUCCGCAUCAACCCCAACUACAACGCGCAGACCGGCGAGAACAACCUCGCCCUGAUCAGCAUCAACAGGAAUGUGGAGUCCUCCGACAACAUCGCGCCCGUCAGUCUUGCCGAUGCUGAUGGCGAGUUGCCUGAAGCUGCCAACUUCUGCGCUUACGGUCAGGAAGGCGAAGCCCCUGGUGAGAGAUUGAGCUGCAUCAACGUAGAUCUGUCGGUCGGUGAAGACGGAUCCAUCGUCGCCGACAGCGAGGAUGGAGAGGCCUCUCGUUUCGACAUCGGAGCUCCUCUUAUCGUGGACGGCGUGCAGUACGGUAUCCUCGUAAGCUCCGAAGGUGACGGUGCUGGUACGUUCCUGAACCUGGCCAGCUACAGAGACUGGAUCGCAACUGAGACUGGUGGGCUCAGCUUUCACGAGCAGGACGAAGGUCUAGCUGUCAAAUUUGUCGACAAUUAAGGGCUGGUGGAUGCACGCAACGACUGCACUGUGUUGUAUUAACGUCGUGUUGUAAUAUGAAAAAGAAUUUCAAACAGUAAUGUAAUAUGUUGAUUUAAUAAUAAAAAUUGAAAUUAAAA